GGUCGAAUUCGCUUGUGCAGUCGUCACUAUGUGGUGGGCAUUAAAAGUGUUCGUAGUGCAUUUGUACUUAUUCGGAAUCAGUACAGGUACUUAAAAUAAAAUAUUUCCUAUUUCUAGACGUAUAAAUGUUGAAUAGACGUUCAUUCAACAUUUAUACGUUCUUCUUAUUAAAUGAAAAAUACACAGACUGCGCUCAAAGACUGUGUCGACCUCAAAACUGCAGUGAUGUUGCCGUCGACCAGUUGAGUUUUAUUUGCGAACCUGAUAAAACUGAUGGAUGCGAUGUAGGGUGCGUUUGUAUAGAUGGGUACCUGCGGGCAGAUAAUGGUACAUGCGUACCCGAAGAAGAGUGUCCAAGCACAAAUCCAGCAAUUAUAUGUGCUCAAAAUGAAGAGUACAGCCUCUGCACCCAAAUACUAUGCCGACGUCAAUUUUGUGACGAAAUAUAUGGAUCACCUGUUCACACUUGUUCUCUUGAAGAGUCUGAAUCGUGCAAUCCAGGAUGCGUUUGUAAAGAAGGAUAUCUAAGGGACGACAAGGACAUUUGUGUACUGGAAGAUGAAUGUAAAACGCCAUUCGACUGCAGCGCGCGUCCGAAUGAGAUAUACGUAGCCUGUCCAUCUUGUGUCAGCGAUAGUUGUGCAGAUAUCGGCAAAACACGUGAUUCCUGCUCAAGAUGGUCAUUAAUCGAGCCUUGUAAGCCGGCAUGCCGGUGUGCCACAGGGUUCAAUAGAAACGAUGAAGGAGUUUGUGUACCUACUGCACAGUGUCCUGGUAUAUGUCCAAAAAAUCAAAAAUACACAGACUGCGCUCAAAGAUUAUGUCGACCUCAAAACUGCAGUGAUGUUGCCGACGACCAGUUGAGCUUUAUUUGCGAACCUGAUAAAACUGAUGGAUGCGAUGUAGGGUGCGUUUGUAUAGAUGGGUUCCUGCGGGCAGAUAAUGGUACAUGCGUACCCGAAGAAGAGUGUCCAAGCAUAAACCCAGCAAUUAUAUGUGCUCAAAAUGAAGAGUACAGCCUCUGCACCCAAGUACUAUGCCGGCCUCAAUUUUGUGACGAAAUAUAUGGAUCACCUGUUCACAAUUGUUCUCUUGAAGAGUCUGAAUCGUGCAAUCCAGGAUGCGUUUGUAAAGAAGGGUAUCUAAGGGACGACAAUGGCAUUUGUGUACUGGAAGAGGAAUGUAAAAGAAAGUCGCCUUGCCCUGAGCAUGAAACCGAGGUACUUUGUAAAAACGCCUGUUCGGAAAGCGUGUGUCCAAGGGAAGGCUCUGAAUCAUAUGCAUGUCUUGACGUCUGCCUCGGGCCGGGAUGUGCUUGCGAGCGUAACUACAGUCGCGCUAGCAACGGCACCUGCAUACCUACCAUAGAUUGUCCGCCAUUCGACUGCAGUGCGCGUCCGAAUGAGAUAUACGUAGCCUGUCCAUCUUGUGUCAGCGAUAGUUGUGAAGAUAUCGGCAAAACUCGUGAUUCCUGCUCAAGAUGGGCAUUAAUCGAGCCUUGUACGCCGACAUGCCGGUGUGCCCCAGGGUUCAAUAGAAACGAUGAAGAUCUCUGUGUACCUACUACACAGUGUCAAUGCAACCGUCCUAAUGAGAAUGUGGAAUGUGUGCGAGUCUGCCCUCCAGAGAAGACUUGUAGAAAUAGGGGAAUAUAUUUUAGUUGUUUAAAUGAAAAUAAUAAGAUAUGCCAGCUAAAAUGCGUUUGCACUGGAGGUUACGUCAGAAACGACAGUGGAGAAUGUAUUCCUGAAAAAGAAUGCGAUGACUCUGUGGGAUUACGGUCUAAACGCUACGCCGCAGCAGUCGAGGGGAACAUGAAGAUGCCAGAGAAGAAAUGUCUUCGUCCACACGAAUUCUAUGAUUGCGGAUCGGCGUGCGAUAACGUUUGUUCAAACUUGCACUUACAAAACAGAACUAACUGUCCUAUAAAGAAUAUCGUGUGCAACCCAGGAUGUUACUGUCGCGAUGGAUAUGCCAGAGACGAGACAGGCAAUUGUGUCCCUGUGGAUAAAUGCAAUAAUCCUGCAUUACGAGCGAAACGUGCUACCCAAAAAGAACGGUGCCCUGGACCAAAUGAGGAAUUUACAACCUGCAAACGAACGUGUCCACCACAGUCUUGCAUGUCGAUUAUUGCAUUCUACAGAUGUGAUCCCGAUGAAGUCUGUAAACCAGGUUGUACAUGCAAGCCGGGCUAUUUGAGAUUAACCGAUAAUUCACCGUGCAUACCUACUUGCCAAUGUCCUGAAAUGGCAAAUGGGCCUUACUGUCAGGACAAAAUAUAGGUGGCGUCAGUGUUUGAUGCUGUGAAAGUCCGAUAUUAGUGUAUUUUAGGGCACCGAUACAAUAAGCAAUGUAUAAAGGUUGCGAGCCUUUGCCUCCUUUAAAAAAAGAUGAGAAAAUAAAACAAAAAAAUGAGCAAUGUAUCUAGUACAUAAUAUUUAUAUAUGUAGUAGGUACAACGUCGAAUGUCGAUAAAUGUUCGUUCAUUUUGGUAUCGGUAAUUCACCGGUUUAUGUUAGCAUACAGAACUCGAAUCGUUCAUUUAUUCACGACUAGAAGGAAUUGUAACCUAACCUAAACCAAAUCUGUCCGUCAUAAAGAGGCGUUUUGUACGUAUUUAAAUUUAAAACAGUAGAUAUGCGACUUGCAUCCUUUGUCAUUACGCAUAGACUAAUAUAUUAUACUGGAAAGCUUUACGUAUUUAUAAAUCCCUGAAACUACUUGGUGUCAUUGCACUGGACGUAUAGGCAAUUUUACCAUGACAAAGUCUAAUUUAGUACCUACGUUUAUAACCUACCAAAACCUAUAGAACUCGAAUGACAUUUAGGGUGAAUUCAUGGACCAUAAUCACACCCCACCGCAGCGGCAAAUAGUAGUCAAGCCAUCGAUAUACUCGUAUAUGUACUACGUCAAGCAGCGGUCAUUGGUUACAGGUCAAGGUAGUACUUAUUUGGGGUCAAGUGUCGCUGCCGUUUUUCGCAGUUGCGUUGUAGCUACAAAACGGCGAUGGGGUUGCAGUCGCUAGUAGUUUUACCGCACGUUCGGCAACGAUUCUAGUUAGGUCGUAUAUUAUCGAUUGAAGUAUAUAUUUACAGCUUUGUAUGCUGGCACGAAGCAGCGACUGGUGGUGUACCUAUUUACUUACAUUACGGGCUAGACAGAUUGAUCGACAAUGGCUACGAUUGUGAAAGUAAAUCAAGUUGUACUAUCCAUUCAAUUAGACUCAGUUUAAGUGACAAGCUUUUGAAGAGUUUAAAACGGAGUUUUAUUAAACCCUCUAUAUAAACGGAAUCCUCCGUUCUGUAAGACUACUUUACCAUGAUCGUACGAACGAAUGUAGGGGCCUAUGCAUACGGUGUAUUUUUAAAACUCCGAUGACGCAAGUUCACGACGUUGCACUGUACCAAAAAGAAUUUGUAUCGAAUCAAACGCGGGUACAAACAUACAAACACGCGUGCUAGAUCCACGUCCAAACUUGGUCUGUAUCGUUUUAGUUUAUAAAUUGUAGCAGAAGGGCCGGGCGUGUGGGCGGGAGGCUAGUACAUUUAGAGUGGUGAAAACGGAGAAUUCUAUACUUCUGAUACAUAUGCGAGACUGCAGCACGCCUUACAUCCCCGUAACAGCACGUUCGCAUCAAUACAAAUGCGCGUUUACGGAGCCACAACAUUUUUUAAAGUGUGCAAAUACGGUGUGCGUACUGCGUAGGCCAUUAACACUCACAGAAUCUACGCGUUUGUUCCAUCGGUGAUUUCCUAUUCAAGCAAACCAAUGAAACUAUGUCUCAAGUAGGCCAUCGAUGACGUUAACGACUGGGGAUAUAAAAUAAAGGCGUUGAGGUGAAAGGAUUACGCAACACUCACAGAUAUAUAUCUAACCCAUCUAAAGAAUUUUUUCUAUUAAUCUUAGCAUUGUCUACUAAGUAUUGCAUUUGCCUUUUGAAAAUGUUCGUUGUUUACCACACUACAUGUAUAAGUGAUUAAAAAGAUCAUACCUACA